AUGAAGUCCGUUGCGGUAUUUGUAUUUUUGGCCUGCUUUGCAGGUUUACAUGCUGUCCAGCUAAAAUGUGCCCACCAAGAACUGGAUAUCCCAAAAGAUUGGAUUGAUAUGAACAAUGUUUGUGUGAAAAAGAUGAGAGGCCAAGUUGAAGAAGAACUUAAAGCUUCAAUGCAAUACAUGGCCAUGGGUGCCUAUUUCUCCAAAGACACAGUGAAUAGACCUGGCUUUGCUGAAUUAUUCUUUAAAUCUGCUAGCGAAGAAAGGGAACAUGCCAUCAAAUUGAUCCAUUAUUUGCUCAUGAGAGGAGAACUUACUUCUAGCAUCAGUGAUCUCAUCAAAAGAAAUCUUGCACCUGCUGUCACCACAUGGGAAAACGGUGUAAGUGCCCUCAAACAUGCUCUUAAACUGGAAGCUUCAGUUACAAGAAAGAUCAGAGAUGUCAUCCAAGUUUGCGAAGACGGCUCAAGCUUCAACGAUUAUCAUCUUGUUGAUUACCUGACUGGCGACUUCUUGGAGGAACAAUACCAUGGACAACGAGACUUAGCUGGAAAAGUCUCCAAUUUACAAAAGAUGAUGGGAGAACACGGAGCCCUUGGUGAAUGGCUCUAUGACAAGAAGCUUCAAGAAGCUUCUGCGUAA